AUGCCCUCCAAACGACACGCGGCCUCAACCACCUCCGCACCCGCGGCAUCCACGCCCACCUCGACGCCGAAAUCGCUUUCGUCCGGCCCUGCCACCCUAAAAACGAACGCCUCCGCCGCCGAGAUCGCCCAGCAUGUCUGGCAGCAAUACCUCACCACCACGCCGCAGCGUACACUGCUCCUCGACGCCUUCAUGUUCUUCCUGGUUCUUGUUGGCGGACUGCAGUUCUUGUAUUGCAUUCUGGCCGGAAACUACCCCUUCAACGCCUUUCUGAGUGGUUUCAGCGCCGCUGUUGGUCAGUUCGUGCUCACGGCUAGUCUGCGCAUGCAGACUAGUGGCAGCGGUCCUGGGUCGAGCAAGCCGAGUUCCAAGGGCAAGAACGCACGGUUCGCGGGUGAGGAUGAGGAGCAGACAGCCGGAAUUUCGCAUGAGAGGGCCUUCGCCGACUACAUCUUCGGGAGCCUCAUUCUACACUUUUUCUGCAUCAACUUCAUCAAUUAA